GCGGGCCCUGUGGUCACCCGGGCGGGAGCAGUGAGUGUGAUCACCCGGGGUUUACGGUGAGGGAAACAGAGGCUGGCGGCCGCAGGGACUCCUCGUGCCCAUUGUGGGGAGGCCUCUCAGCGGCUGACCCUCGCCCUGCUCGCUCUUCGCGCCGCCCGGCGCCCGCCCUCCUCAGGAUUGAGGAAGUGUGUCUGGCCCAGCCCGGCCCCGGCGCGCGGCCCGAGGCGCAGGGGCGGAGGGCAGAGGGGCGGCCCGGCCCCGAUCCGCCGCUGUCCUCCCGGCCCGCGCGCAGCCCCGCGUCCCAGGCGCCCGCGGCCCUGCCCGCAGUCGCCGCAGGACGAGACAGCUUUCCGCUCAGCCAUGACGGUGUGUCUGUGACUUGGUCCACCCUGGACUGUAAGCCAUGACUUAGUCCACCCCUCAGGGAGCCGCGGCUGCUGUGACCACUGCAGGAACUGACUGGCGAGAGUGGCCACCUCGAGGCUUGAUGGUUGGAAUGUCUCGGCGACCACCCAGCAUGUACUGGUGUGUGGGGCCAGAAGGGUCAGCCGUGUGUCCAGGACGCGCCAUGGAGACCCAUAACAGCGGUGCCGGGGACAUGGGCAGCAAACUAUCCAUGCCAGGUGGCGACACCACAGCACGGAGCCCCAGGACGGAAGGCAUUCAUGCCGCAUACAAGCGAGGAGACGCCAGCAGAGCCCAGCACCUGCUCAGAGAAGCUUGUGAUGAGAGCACGUCCCAGCUGGAAAAGGGCCAGCUCCUGAGCAUCUCUGCGGCCUAUGGGGAUCUGGAGACCGUCCGGUAUCUUCUCACCGAGAGACUGGUGGAGCUGCCAACGGAGCCCACCGACGACAACCCAGCCGUGGUGGCAGCACAGUUUGGGCACACUGAUGUCGUGCAGGAGUUACUCGAGUCUUUGCCAGGUCCCUGCAGCCCCCAGCGAUUACUGAACUGGAUGCUGGCCUUGGCCUGCCAGCGGGGGCACCUGGCGGUGGUGAAGCUCCUGGUCCUGACGCACGGGGCCGACCCGGAGAGUUAUGCAGUCAGGAAGAAUGAGUUCCCUGUCAUCGUGCGCCUGCCACUCUACGCGGCCAUCAAGUCAGGGAAUGAAGACAUUGCCAUAUUCCUGCUUCGGCAUGGGGCCUUUUUCUGUUCCUACAUCUUACUGGACAGUCCUGACCCCAGCAAAUAUCUCCUCAGGAAGUAUUUCGUCGAAGCAAGUGCCGUGCCCAGCAGUUGUCCGGGAAAAAUAGCUCUUCGUGUGAAAUGGUCCCACCUCAAGCUGCCCUGGGUGGAUCUGGACUGGCUCAUUGACAUCUCCUGCCAGAUCACGGAGCUGGAUCUUUCUGCCAACUGCCUGGCAUCCCUCCCCUCCAUCAUCCCCUGGGGACUCAUCAACCUCCGGAAGCUGAACCUCUCAGACAACCACCUGGGGGAGCUGCCCAGCGUGAAGUCAUCAGACGAAAUCAUCUGUUCCAGGUGGGCUCCUGCCCUGCAGCCCCUGGGGCUACUCGAAAUUGAUAUUUCCAGCAACAAGUUGUCCCACCUCCCACCGGGAUUCCUGCAUCUCUCAAAACUUCAAAAACUGACAGCUUCAAAAAAUUAUUUGGAAAAAUUGUUUGAAGAAGAAAAUGCCACGAACUGGAUUGGUUUGCGGAAGCUACAGGAACUCGAUAUUUCUGACAAUAAAUUGACAGAACUCCCUGCGCUUUUCCUUCAUUCUUUCAAGUCACUCAAUUGUCUGAACGUCUCCAGAAAUAACGUGAAGGUGUUUCCAAAUGCCUGGGCCUGCCCCUUGAAAUGCUGCAAAGCAUCCAAAAAUGCCUUGGAGUCUCUACCAGACAAAAUGGCUGUGUUUUGGAAGAACCACCUUAAGGAUGUGGACUUCUCAGAAAACACACUCAGAGAAGUUCCCCUGGGACUUUUCCAGCUUGAUGCCCUCAUGUUCUUGAAGUUACAGGGAAAUCAGCUGGUGGCACUGCCACCUCAAGAGAAGUGGACCUGCAGACAACUCAAAACCCUGGAUCUCUCCAGAAAUCAAUUUGGCAGAAAUGAAGAUGUACUUAAAACAAAGCGAAUUUCCUUUUUUACCACCAGAGGCCGCCAGCGUUCCGGGACAGAGGCAGCAUGUGUGCUGGAAUUUCCUGCCUUCCUAAGUGAGUCUUUGGAAGUCCUUUGUCUGAAUGACAACCACCUGGAUGCAGUCCCACCCUCGGUUUGCCUACUGAAGAGCUUAUCAGAACUCUACUUGGGAAACAAUCCUGGCCUCCGAGAGCUCCCUCCUGAGCUGGGGCAGCUGGGCAACCUCUGGCAGUUGGACACUGAAGACCUGAACGUCAACAAUGUGCCUGCAGAGAUUAGAAAAGAAGGCCCCAAAGCAGUGCUGUCUUAUCUGCGUGCUCAGCUGCGGAAAGCGGAGAAGUGUAAGCAGAUGAAGAUGAUCAUCGUGGGUCCUCCGCGUCAGGGCAAGUCCACCCUCCUGGAGAUCUUACAGACGGGGAGGGCCCCCCAGGUGGUGCACAGCGAGGCCACCAUCAGGACCACCAAGUGGGAGCUCCAGAGGCCGGCUGGCUCGAGAGCCAAGGUUGAGUCUGUGGAGUUCAACGUCUGGGACAUCGGUGGCCCCGCCAGCAUGGCCACGGUCAACCAGUGCUUCUUCACGGACAAGGCCCUGUAUGUGGUGGUUUGGAACCUGGCACUGGGGGAGGAGGCUGUGGCCAACCUUCAGUUCUGGCUUCUCAACAUCGAGGCCAAGGCCCCAAACGCUGUGGUGCUGGUGGUGGGAACACACCUGGACUUAAUCGAAACCAAAUUCCGCGUGGAGAGAAUCGCCACGCUGCGCGCCUAUGUGCUGGCGCUCUGCCGCUCACCCUCCGGGUCCAGGGCCACCGGCUUCCCGGACAUCACCUUCAAACACCUACAUGAGCUUUCCUGUAAGAGCCUGGAAGGUCAGGAAGGGCUGCGGCAGCUCAUUUUCCACGUCACGUGCAGCAUGAAAGACGUGGGCAGCACCAUUGGCUGCCAGCGACUCGCAGGGAGGCUGAUACCCAGGAGCUACCUGAGCCUCCAGGAGGCCGUGCUGGCAGAGCAGCAGCGCCGCAGCCUGAGCGACGAUGUGCAGUACCUGACGGACAGGCAGCUGGAGCAGCUGGUAGAGCAGAUGCCUGGCAAUGACAUCAAGGACUACGAGGACCUACAGUCCGCCAUCAGCUUCCUCAUUGAAACCGGCACCCUGCUCCACUUCCCGGACACCAGCCACGGCCUGAGGAACCUCUACUUCCUCGACCCCAUUUGGUUGUCUGAAUGUCUGCAGAGAAUCUUCAACAUCAAGGGCUCCAGGUCGGUGGCCAAGAACGGGGUGAUCAGGGCGGAGGACCUCAGGAUGCUGCUGGUUGGGACCGGCUUCACAAAGCAGACGGAAGAGCAGUAUUUCCAGUUCCUGGCCAAAUUUGAGAUAGCCCUGCCCGUCGCCAACGACAGCUAUCUCCUGCCACAUCUCCUUCCAUCCAAACCUGGCCUGGACACCCACGGCAUGCGGCAUCCCACGGCCAACACCAUUCAGAGGGUGUUUAAGAUGAGCUUCGUUCCAGUUGGCUUCUGGCAAAGGUUUAUAGCACGGAUGCUGAUCAGCUUGGCCGAGAUGGACCUUCAGGGUCUUUUCUCUGUCUUUCAGCUUUUUGAAAACAAGAAGAAUACUAAAAGCAGGCACAGGAAAGUCACCAUUUACAGUUUUACAGGAAACCAGAGAAAUCGCUGCAGCACAUUCAGAGUGAAAAGAAAUCAGACCAUCUAUUGGCAGGAAGGGCUCCUGGUCACUUUUGAUGGGGGCUACCUCAGUGUGGAAUCCUCGGAUGUGAACUGGAAAAAGAAAAAAAGUGGAGGAAUAAAAAUCAUCUGCCAAUCAGAAAUAAGGGACUUCUCGGCAAUGGCUUUUAUCACAGACCAUGUCAACUCCUUGAUCGAUCAGUGGUUUCCUGCCCUGACGGCCACGGAAAGCGAUGGGACCCCACUGAUGGAGCAGUAUGUGCCCUGCCCAGUGUGCGAGACCUCCUGGGCUCAGCACGCCGACCCAAGUGAGAGAUUGGAGGAUGUGCAGUACUUUGACAUGGAAGACUGCGUGUUGACAGCCAUCGAGCAGGACUUCAUCUCCUGCCCCAGACACCCCGACCUCCCCGUGCCUCUCCAGGAGCUGGUCCCUGAGCUGUUCAUGACCGACUUCCCAGCCAGGCUCUUCCUGGAGAACAGCAAGCUGGAGCACAGCGAGGAUGAGAGCACUGUCCUGGGCCAAGGUGGGAGUGGCACCAUCAUUUACCGGGCCCGGUACCAAGGCCAGCCCGUGGCUGUGAAGCGAUUCCAGAUCAAGAAAUUCAAGAACUUUGCUAAUGCCCCUGAAGACACCAUGCUGAGGCACCUUCGGUCCACAGACGCCAUGAGGAACUUCUCGGAGUUCCGGCAGGAGGCCAGCAUGCUGCACGCCCUGCAGCACCCCUGCAUCGUGUCCCUCAUCGGCAUCAGCGUCCACCCGCUCUGCUUCGCCCUGGAGCUCGCCCCGCUUGGCAGCCUCAACACCGUGCUGUCCGAGAAUGCCAAAGAUUCUUCCUUUAUGCCCCUGGGACACAUGCUCACCCAAAAAAUAGCCUACCAGAUAGCCUCCGGCCUGGCCUACCUGCACAAGAAAAACAUCAUCUUCUGUGACCUGAAAUCAGACAACAUCCUGGUCUGGUCUCUGGACGUCAAGGAGCACAUCAACAUCAAGCUGUCAGACUACGGCAUAUCCCGGCAGUCAUUUCACGAGGGCGCCCUCGGCGUGGAGGGCACUCCUGGCUACCAGGCCCCAGAGAUCAGACCUCGCAUUGUGUACGACGAGAAGGUAGACAUGUUUUCCUAUGGGAUGGUGCUCUACGAGUUGCUGUCAGGACAGCGGCCUGCGCUGGGCCAGCACCAGCUUCAGAUUGCCAAGAAACUGUCCAAGGGCAUCCGCCCGGUUCUGGGGCAGCUGGAGGAAGUGCAGUUCCAUCGACUCCAGGCGCUUAUGAUGGAGUGCUGGGACACAAAGCCCGAGAAGCGACCACUGGCCCUGGCAGUGGUGAGCCAGAUGAAGGACCCAACCUUUGCAACCUUCAUGUACCAGCUGCCCUGUGGGAAGCAGACGGCCUUCUUCUCGUCCCAGGGCCAGGAGUACAUGGUGGUGUUCUGGGAUGGGAAAGAGGAGUCCAGGAACUACACAGUGGUGAACGCGGAGAAGGGCCUCCUGGAAGUGCAGCGCAUGAACUGUGCGGGAAUGAAGCUGAGCUGCCAGCUCAAGGUCCAGAACUCUCUGUGGACGGCCACCGAGGACCAGAAGAUCUACAUCUACAGCCUCAAGGGCAUGUGUCCCUUGAACACGCCCCAACGGGCUUUGGACACCCCAGCCAUCGUCACCUGCUUCUUGGCGGUGCCUGUUAUAAAAAAGAAUUCCUACCUGGUGCUAGCAGGCCUGGCUGAUGGGCUUGUGGCAGUGUUUCCCAUGGUGCGCGGCGCCCCAGACCACAGCUGCUCCUACCUGUGCUCACACACAGCCAACAGGUCCAAGUUCAGCAUCCCAGACGAAGACGCGAGGCAGAACCCCUACCCCGUGAAGGCCAUGGAGGUGGUCAACAGUGGGUCCGAGGUCUGGUAUAGCAACGGGCCGGGCCUGCUGGUCAUCGACUGCGUGGCCCUGGAGAUCAACAGGCGGCUGGAGCCCUACUCAGCCCCUUCGGUGGUCACAUCAGUCGUGUGCGGCUCUGAGUGCCACGGGGAGGAGGUCGUCUGGUGCCUGGACGACAGGGCCAACUGCUUGGUGAUGUACCACUCCACCACCUACCAGCUGUGUGCCCGAUACUUCUGCGGGGACCCCAGUCCCCUCAGGGACGUGUUUCCCGUGCACCCAAUGGGCCCGGAGCCCCUGGACUGCCCCACAGCCAGCCCGAAGGAACCCAAGAAGGACUCCAUUGCAGACAUGAGCAUCAUGUACAGCGAGGAGCUGGGCAUGCAGAUCCUGACCCACCAGGACUCCCUGACCGACUACUGCUCUAUGUCCUCCUACUCCUCGUCUCCACCCCACCAGGUGCCCACGUCCCUUUCAAGCCUACCCUGCUCCCCCGCAAGCUCUUCCAGCUUGCCUUUCUCCACUGACUGCGAGGACACCAGCAGGCUGCUCGAGCCCACCACAGGCUCCGACAGGUCUGAGCAUGACCUGAGCCCCAUGGAUGGCGAGGCGUUCAGCCAGCACCUGCAGGCUGUGAAGAUCCUUGCCGUGAAAGAUGUCAUCUGGGUCCCCAGGCGUGGUGGAGAUGUUAUCGUCAUUGGCUUGGAGAAGGAUGCAGGAACCCAGCGGGGCCGAGUCAUCGCUGUCUUGAAAGCCCGAGAGCUGACUCCGCACGGGGUGCUUGUGGAUGCUGCCGUAGUGGCAAAGGACACAGUUGUGUGCGGCUUUGAGAACGAAAAGCUGGAGUGGUGCCUGGCUGUCUGGAGGGGCUGGGGCACCCGGGAGUUUGAUGUUUUCUACCAGUCCUAUGAGGAGCUGGGCCGGCUGGAGGCUUGCAUGCGGAAGAGAAGGUGAUUCCUGUGGAAUGAGCAUUUCUCGGACCUCGCCAGCAUGGGCCAGCAGCCUGACCUCUCCACCUGCAGCCUGCAGCCCUCUAAGGACCCAGGAGGCAGACUGGGUUCUCCUCUGAACCACUUGCUGCUAAGAAGUGCUGAGAAGUUCCCACCCCGCCCAGGUGGGGGGGCGUUGAGGGUUCUCCUAUUCUAGGGCUGAGUUCCCUGGAUACCCCCAUCCCCCCAAUACUGGUUUUACAGCCCAAGGGAAGACGGUGGGGUCUGAUUGGGCCAAAGUCCCCCUGCCUCUUCCAUCCACUCUCAGGGCUGGGCUGGGUCACACGAAGUGGGGCUGGGCCUAGCUGGCAUAAUGGGCCUCCCCACUUUCACCCCCAGGUCUGGGGUGGAAUUACACUAGGGGCUCUCAGUUGGGGAGCAGUUCGGGGCAGGGAGGGAGGAGGGCUGUGACCCCUGCCCCUUCCCCGGGUGGCUCCCAGGCUCUCAGCACAUUUCUCAAGCUCCUGAGUCCCCGGGGCCCGGGGCCCCGCUCGGGCAGGCUGAGAUCAGAUGUCCCCGCUUGGGAAAGUCUCUGUGUGAAAAGCCUUAGAAGGACCCCAGCAAGGAGCACUGCCCAAUCUGGGGAAUGAAUGAGUUUCUUUAAGUGACAGGGCUGGAAAGCCAAGAGCCAACACAGGGCCAAGAGCACCGACUCAGCCUUUACAUUCCUCUCCUGUCGACAGAAGGCAGAGAGACUCAAUCAUCAGGACUUGAGAAAGGGCCUGUGUUUACAGCUUUGUGAAAUAAAUUUGGAUGCAGCUGGAGCAUAAACCCUGUUUGUUUGCACAUAAUAAUCUUGUUUAUCACUUUAACAAAUUAAGUCAUAUCUCAAUGGUUAGGACUCUGAUUGUGAAAUCACAUCAUAUGAGGCUUAUAUCAAAUUAUCUAUUUACUAUGCAACACAUACAGCAGAGUAAAAAAGUGAAAUUGUUAACAGGGGGAUGUAUGGGUAUGAUGGCAAGAACUUUCAUAAAUUACGCACACACUUGCAUGUACACACCUAUGCACACAUGUUCACAUCGUUACCAAGAGUAACCAUUUGAGGCUGCUUAACCCAGAACAUGAGUGUGAAUGUGAGAUCAUCCUCCAGUACAAGCUGUUGACCUUUUUCUAAAAUUAAAUUAUAAAAAUCAAACUUAAGAUUUUGCUGGUGUAUGUGGGCAAAUGUG